UCUUUUUUUCAUAUCCAGACUUUUCCACUAUUUCGAUUUAGUAUCCUGGAUUUUUCUGCUGUUAAGGAGAUCCUUUGGUUGGGUGUACUAAGAAGUAUUAACAGGAGUUAGGCUGUCCUUCAUAACUACUAUGAAUACCAUACAUCUUCAUGUCCUCCUUGUUAUAGCCAUAGGUCUACUGAAUUUCCCUCUGAGUGCAGGCGCAGCGGUGAUGCGGCUGGUCAACGGGCCCACCAGCUGCUCCGGUCGGGUGGAGGUGUUCCACCGCGACACCUGGGGCACUGUGUGUGACGACGGCUGGACCCUGAUGAACACCGAGGUGGUGUGCAACUCACUGGACUGCGGCACGGCCCUGGAGAUCAAGCCGCGCGCAUUCUACGGCGAGGGCAAAGAGGAGAUCUGGCUGGACGACGUGCGCUGCUCCGGCAAGGAGACCUCGUUGCUGAAAUGCGAACACAGAGAAUUGGGCACCAACAACUGCGGCCACGGCGAAGACGUGGGGGUCGUGUGUUCAGACCACAUCAAGCUGCUCAAUGGGACUCAGCGUUGUGAGGGUCGCAUUGAGGUCAAACAUGGUGAUCAGUGGAGGAAAUUGUGCAGCAGUGGCUGGAGCCAGAAAGAGCAUGAGGUGUUGUGUCAGGAGCUGAAAUGUGGGACCCCGCUUACUGGACAGGAUAUGCCAGACUUUGGGGACAGAAUUGCGCCAAUAGGAGUCAAGGCAAGUUGCCUGGGAAACGAGACGUCAUUCAUGGAGUGUGAAAUCAAGGAAACAGCCGACACUUGUGACAGUGCCUCCCUUCUCUGUACACACAGUAAACAGAUUCGGCUGGUCAACGGGACGACUCGUUGUUCUGGACGAGUGGAGGUCUUACACGAAGGCCAGUGGGGAUCAGUCUGCGAUGAUAGCUGGGGCCUACAGGAGGCAGAAGUUGCGUGCCGCGAAAUGAAAUGCGGGACGGCCCUGGGGGUAAAAUACCAAGCCCACUUUGGCCAGGGGGCUGGCCCCAUUCUGCUGGAUGACCUUGGGUGCAAUGGCCAAGAGAGGACACUGGGAGAAUGCAAACACGCAGGCUUUGGGGUCAAUGACUGCAGCCAUUCGGAAGAUGCCGGCGUCGAGUGUUCAGAGAAAGUCAAGCUGUUCAACGGCACCAGUCGUUGCAACGGUCGACUGGAAGUUGAACACGAGGGCCAGUGGGUGAAGAUUUGUAAAAACAGCCAUUGGGGAAAUAAGGAAGAGUCACUGGUGUGCCGUGAGUUAGAUUGCGGCACGCCGGAUAAAAAGGCUGUGAGGCUCAACAUCGGAGCGGGUACUAAUCUGGGAAGUUUCACGGCCAGCUGCAUCGGCGCUGAGACCUCCAUCGCCGCCUGCCCGCUUCAGUCGAACCCGAGCGCAUGUGAAGCAGCAGUUGUUUACUGCACAGGCCAUCCAAAUAUUAAACUGGUGAAUGGCACUGAUCGAUGCACGGGGAGAGUGGAGGUCCAAAACGACGGCCAAUGGGGAACUGUGUGUGAUGACUCCUGGGACAUCAGGGACGCACAGGUCGCAUGCCGAGCGAUGGACUGCGGAACACCCUUACUCAUCAAACCUGCAGCCUACUAUGGCCCGGGCCGCGGUAACGUCUGGUUAGACGACUUGGAAUGUUUGGGUAACGAGACCUCGCUCAUGCAAUGCAAACGCACAGGCUUUGGUGAGAGCAACUGUAACCACAUGGAAGAUGCUGGAGUGCAAUGUUCAAUUUCCACCCGACUCCUGAACGGGAGCAACCACUGCUCAGGCAGAGUGGAGAUCAACCAGGAAGGACACUGGGCAACAGUGUUUAAUGCUAACUGGGGGCUCAAUGAAGCGCUUGUGGUGUGCAGAGAGAUGCAAUGUGGAGAACCGGUGGUGGCCUCAACACCGUUCAAUUUCGGACAUGCCGGCCAGGCAACAGGGUACACCACCACUUGUAACGGCAGAGAAACCUCGAUAAGCCAGUGCUCCCUUAGAGGAUAUGCCCAGACCAGCCAGAAUCAUGCUGCUGCGGCAACAGUAGUUUGUUCAGGUAACGUGAGGUUAGUCAAUGGAUCCAAUAAGUGCACCGGAAGGGUUGAAUUGUACCAGAAUGGCCAAUGGGGAAGUGUGUGCGAUGAAACCUGGGAUAUGAAUGAUGCGGCGGUGGUGUGUACGUAUCUCCAAUGUGGUAGGGCCCAGAAGAUCCCUAAUUCUGGCUUCUUUGGCCGAGGCAGCACAAACAUGUUGAUCGGAGAAAUUAGUUGUACUGGACGCGAGCACUCACCUGACGAAUGCAAACAGAAGAACAUUGGUUCCUCGACUUGCAACAGCACCUCAGUGGCUGGACUUCUGUGCUCAGAUGGUUUGCCCACGCGCUUGGUCCAUUCCACGGGUCAAUGUUUUGGGAGAGUGGAGGUCCAACAUGCAGGCCAGUGGGGCACUGUGUGUGGUGAAGACUGGUCCAUGUCCGACGCUAUGGUUGUGUGUGGUCUCUUGGGAUGCGGGAAUGCGGCGAGCAUCUCUGGUAAUGCACAGUUUGAGCAAGGCACCGGGCCCAUAUGGGAAGCCAGCGAUCUGUGUUUCAACAAUGAGGCGUCAGUCUUCAAAUGCUCACAGAGUGGAUUCAACGGCACUAGCUGUGGCCACGAACAGGAUGCCGGUGUUGUCUGCACAGAAUCGAUAAGGUUGGUCAAUGGCAGAAGCGAAUGUUCUGGCCGGCUGGAGAUUUCACACAAUGGCCAGUGGGGAACGAUAUGUGACGACGAAUGGGAAAUGAGUAACACUGAAGUAGUGUGCCGGCAGAUGGGGUGUGGCCAGGGCCUUUCUUUCGGUGGUGAAUUUGGUGCAGGAAGUGGCCCAAUAUGGCUGGACAAUGUUGUUUGUACCGGUGAAGAGGACGCGAUCACUCAGUGUCCUCAUCAGAGCUAUGGCGAAAAUAACUGCGGUCAUAGUGAAGAUGUGGGCAUUGUAUGUUUAGGAAAUUUACCCAAGCCACAUGUAUCUCUGAACCCGGGUCCAGAGGUAAACUUCGGUGACAGAGUUGAAAUAACGUGCUCCGUGUUAACCGACCACCUGGGAGGAACGUAUGUUUUACAAAAGACACCAGGCCCCUUCAGAAUGCAGAGAUACUCUGCGAGUGAAACUGCAACCUUCACUAUCCCCAAGACCAACUUGAGCCAUGGAGGCUUGUAUCACUGCCAUUUUCAAAAGAAAAUCCUAUCUAAAACCAUUGACAUGCUGGGGGAUCCUGUUGAGCUCAAAGUCACAGUGAAACUACAGCAGCCCAUCAUCUCCCUGCCAUCGGGUGGCCCCAUGAUGCUUAUACCCACUAACAAAAUAGAGGUCAAGGGAGGAAGCACCUUCUCCAUCUCUUGCUCCAUUUUCUCAAAAUACGAGGGAGGGUGCUUCUACCUGCGCAAGUCCAACACCACCGCCACAAAGCAUCAGGAAUCGUUAAGCCACUCCAUCAUCCAAGUGGCUUACUUUGAUUUCUUAGACGUCACCACGCAAGACCAGGGCGAUUACACAUGUGUCUAUUCCAUCAAUAUCUCUACACAAUCCUUCCAUUCAGUGCCCUCGAAAAUAAUCCAGGUCAUAGUGUCAGGAUCUGCUGUCUCUUCGACCGUGACAGGAACCAUGGUUGGUCUCGCGCUAGUCCUGAUUCUGUCCGCCAUUGUGUAUCUCUGCUGGAGAAGGAGAGGAAUGGCGUCACGGGCCAUGGUACAGUUCACCAGUAGAGUUGGGGAAGUGAUUAAAGAAGACACUGCAGAAAUAAGAGGUGGAGCGCCGAGUGAAAGGGACUAUAAUACCCUGGCAAAUGAAUAUGGCAAUGGUUCCAACCCCGAAGAUAAGGGCCCAAACGAGGUCGAGACCGACAACAAUCUGGAGAGAAAUGCCACCGAAGACCUAACCGGGCGAGUUUGUUACGAGCUUGAGCCACUCAUUCACUCAUGAAAACAAAACAGUAAAAGGGCCAAUGGGUUGUGGUGUUAUGUAAUCAUUCAUAUAUCGUCAAGGAUCUUGGAAAGGAACUGAAGAAUCUACUGAAAAUUUUAAUUGAGAGAGGUUACUAGUGGGAUAAUUGGCUACAUUUAGAGCAUAGAUAUGCAUUCCAUUGGACGUUCAUCUGAUGGCCUUCUUGGUUGUAAACUCUAGCAGGGUGAUGGAACCACAUUCGAUGUAUAAAGACGUGGCAGCCAUAUUGGAGAGGCCAAGACUGACUUUUAAACAAAUACAAGUAAACAGGCUGCAGUUUGUUAUAUAUGACUUAAUAUGAAUACAAAAACUACUCACUGAAAUCAGCUGAAAAAUGUAAAUGUAAUUGUGCUUCUCAUCAAGAGAAACCGCAGUUUAUCCCGUUUUUAAUAGAUUUCCCUUAUAUGGCAGCAACGUGAUCCAAAGGCCAACUCAGUGUCUAUGUAUGUCUAUUGAUGAAACAGAAUGCAGAAUUUCGCAUUGAGUUCCUUCGUGCUGCUAGAGCUUAGUACAAAGAUGGGACCAAGAUAAAACCAAUAUAUUACAGGGUAGAUAUCAAGCCACCAGGUGUGAGUGUGAUUAGCCAUUACAAGCCAUUUGAAAAUCUGCCUUCCUGUAUGACCUAGCCUGCUGACAUCCCUAGUGGGUGUGUCCGCCUAGAUGUAUACUGGCUAGAUCAGUCCACCACCCUACCCAGUGGACUGUGGAAAUUGUUGUUUAUCUAUCUAUCAUACAUCUAGGGGGACACGCCCACUAGUGAUAAUCACAGAUUAUCAAAAAACGAAUGUGGCUAUGGUAUAUUUUAAUCUGAAUUAAAUAAAUGCCAUUAAAAAAGGCAAUGGUGUAAAGAAAGAGUUUCUCGCUAUGUUUUUUAAUGUCUUUGUAUUGGAUUAAAUAUCCCAGCCUACAGCAUUGUUGCCUAUGUGAUCGAUAUUGCAAGCUCAAUAGUUUAGUUUUAGACUACUGCUGAUUUCAGAUAAAAAAGUAAAAUUGUUCAAAUGUGGAUUUACUCAUAGCGAUGUAUGUUUAAAUAAAGUAGUGAAUGUUACUUGAAAAUGUUUUGUUAAUUUACAAUAAAGAAUAUAAUGAAUGGGGCAGGGGAGUCAAAACAGUGACAUUAACUGUAGCACAACAAGCUGCAAAGACGGAUAACCUGCUUAAUAACCUGGAAAACCUGCUUCGGAACCUGCUUAAUCAGCAUUGCACCGUUAAAGGACCCGGACAGUUUACAAGGUUAUUUCUUAGGACGUAAAAUUAGCCAUGACUUUUGUUGUUUUGUUGAUAUUGAUAAAAACUAGACCAAGUGAUCUUGAGGGAGUUUUAAUAGGAAACUAACGGAACACCAGAGAAUUGGGAAUUGUAAACAGGCAAUUAGUACAAUUGUAAACCAGCAGUUAGGCCUACUACAAGGGUAGUUGAAUUCAAAUAAGUAGCUCCACAGUUUUGAGAAUUGGAAACCGGCUGUUACUUACUGCAAUUGUAAUCAGGCAGUCACUUACUGCAGGGGAAGUUGAAUGUUAAAUAAGUUGAACUAAAAACAAAAAUGAUUUCUGAUAUGAAUGUUGACAUUUUGUGCGCAAAACCUUUCAAAAUCAGUUAAAAAUAUAUAAAUAAAAGGCUACGUUGGC